GAUAACCAUCUUAAUUAAUUGACACGUUGAGCCACAACAGGCGUAUCAACAGGAUGUGGAGGAGAAUGUUUCCUCUAUAAAGUCAGAGAGAAGCAUCCUGGUAUUCAUCGUUCGUCUGCGCUUUCUGGGACUCCCACACUGAACCUUGUUGAAGAUGAAGCACGCAUACCUGUUGAUUUUGCUGGUGGCCCUUGCGGUGAGCCGUGGGGCGGAAGGAGGCUGGAUAAGAUGGAGACGGAUCUGGAACGGGGUGAAGAAAGUUGCUAAAGUUAUCACCACUGCCAAAGCAGUAGCGGCAGUAGCGGCAGUCGUAGGUAGAAAACGAGAUCUUUCUGAGUUUGACACGAACCUGGAUGGUCUUGUGAACGAGUCUGAACUAGAAGACGUGUUCACCACGAGAGAGGCUCGGGCAGUCCUAGAUAUGGCUGAUCUGGAUGGAAACGCCCAGGUCACCAUGGAUGAGUUUCGACAGGUGAUGACAGAACUGAGCGACAUGCAUAAUCGACAAUAGGUUAGAGCAGAUAUUUCCAUCUGUUGAUGAGGAACCCUCUACAAAUAAAACUUGAUGUUUAGAAA